GGUGGGCGGGCGCGCCGGGUGGCAGGUGUCAGCGGCGUCUGCAUUCGGCAGCGAUGGAGCGGCCCCGGGGAGCUGCGGACGGCCUUUUGCGCUGGCCCCUCGGCCUCCUCCUGCUCCUUCAACUGCUGCCUCCGGCCGCCGUCGGCCAGGACCGGCUGGACGCGCCGCCGCCGCCCGCGCCUCCUCUGCUGCGCUGGGCCGGUCCGGUCGGGGUGAGCUGGGGGCUGCGCGCCGCCGCGCCCGGGGGCCCCGUCCCCCGCGCUGGCCGUUGGCGCCGCGGCGCGCCCGCCGAGGACCAGGACUGCGGCCGCCUCCCGGACUUCAUCGCCAAGCUGACCAACAAUACGCACCAGCAUGUCUUUGAUGACCUCAGUGGCUCAGUGUCCUUGUCCUGGGUUGGAGACAGCACUGGGGUUAUUCUCGUCCUGACCACUUUUCAAGUGCCUCUGGUAAUUGUGAGCUUUGGACAGUCCAAGUUGUAUCGAAGUGAGGAUUAUGGAAAGAACUUUAAGGAUAUUACAAAUCUCAUCAAUAACACCUUCAUUCGGACGGAGUUUGGCAUGGCUAUUGGUCCUGAGAACUCUGGAAAGGUGAUACUAACAGCAGAGGUGUCCGGAGGAAGCCGAGGCGGAAGAGUGUUCAGGUCAUCAGACUUUGCCAAGAACUUUGUGCAAACAGAUCUCCCCUUUCAUCCUCUGACGCAGAUGAUGUACAGUCCUCAGAAUUCUGAUUACCUGUUAGCUCUCAGCACCGAAAAUGGCCUGUGGGUGUCCAAGAAUUUUGGGGAAAAAUGGGAAGAAAUCCACAAAGCAGUAUGUUUGGCCAAAUGGGGACCAAACAACAUCAUCUUCUUUACCACCCAUGUGAAUGGCUCCUGCAAAGCUGAUCUUGGUGCCCUGGAAUUAUGGAGAACAUCCGACUUGGGGAGAACCUUCAAAACCAUUGGUGUGAAAAUCUACUCCUUUGGUCUUGGGGGCCGUUUCCUUUUUGCCUCUGUGAUGGCUGAUAAGGACACAACAAGAAGGAUCCAUGUGUCAACAGACCAAGGGGACACAUGGAGCAUGGCACAACUUCCUUCUGUGGGACAGGAGCAGUUCUACUCCAUCCUGGCAGCCAAUGAGGACAUGGUCUUCAUGCAUGUAGACGAACCUGGAGAUACCGGGUUUGGCACCAUCUUUACCUCUGAUGAUCGAGGCAUAGUCUACUCCAAGUCUCUGGACAGACAUCUCUAUACCACCACAGGAGGGGAGACAGACUUUACCAAUGUGACUUCCCUCCGUGGAGUCUAUAUAACAAGCACGCUCUCAGAAGAUAACUCUAUUCAGAGCAUGAUCACUUUUGACCAGGGAGGACGGUGGGAGCAUCUGAGGAAGCCGGAGAACAGCAAGUGCGACGCGACUGCAAAGAACAAGAAUGAGUGCAGCCUUCAUAUCCAUGCUUCUUAUAGCAUCUCCCAGAAGCUAAACGUUCCAAUGGCCCCACUCUCUGAGCCCAAUGCUGUGGGCAUAGUCAUCGCUCACGGUAGUGUGGGAGACGCCAUCUCGGUGAUGGUCCCAGAUGUGUACAUCUCAGAUGAUGGGGGUUACUCCUGGGCGAAGAUGCUAGAAGGACCACAUUACUAUACCAUCCUGGACUCUGGAGGCAUCAUCGUGGCCAUUGAGCACAGCAACCGUCCUAUCAAUGUGAUUAAGUUCUCCACAGAUGAAGGCCAGUGCUGGCAGAGCUAUGUGUUCACACAGGAGCCCAUCUACUUCACUGGGCUUGCUUCCGAGCCUGGAGCCAGGUCCAUGAACAUCAGCAUCUGGGGAUUCACAGAGUCUUUCAUUACCCGCCAGUGGGUCUCCUACACAAUCGAUUUCAAAGACAUCCUUGAGCGGAAUUGUGAAGAGGAUGACUAUACCACGUGGCUGGCACACUCCACAGACCCUGGAGAUUACAAAGAUGGCUGCAUUUUGGGCUAUAAAGAACAGUUCCUACGGCUACGGAAGUCAUCCGUCUGUCAGAAUGGUCGAGACUAUGUUGUGGCCAAGCAACCAUCCGUCUGUCCGUGUUCCCUGGAGGACUUCCUCUGUGACUUUGGCUACUUCCGUCCAGAGAACGCCUCAGAGUGCGUGGAGCAGCCAGAACUGAAGGGACAUGAAUUAGAGUUCUGUCUGUAUGGCAAGGAGGAGCACCUGACAACAAAUGGGUACCGGAAAAUCCCAGGAGACAAAUGCCAAGGUGGGAUGAAUCCUGCCAGAGAAGUAAAAGACUUGAAAAAGAAAUGCACAAGCAACUUCUUGAACCCCACAAAGCAGGACUCCCGCCCACAGGGACACAGCUUGUCCCAGAAUCCAGCUCCGCCUCCUCUUGGAUACACUGAAAACACACACUUCCUAUCUCCUACCCAGAAGCAGAAUUCCAAGUCAAAUUCUGUCCCUAUUAUCCUGGCCAUCGUGGGACUGAUGCUUGUCACAGUCGUAGCAGGAGUCCUCAUUGUGAAGAAAUAUGUCUGUGGUGGAAGGUUCCUGGUGCACCGAUACUCUGUGCUACAGCAGCAUGCAGAGGCUGACGGAGUAGAGGCUUUGGAUUCAGCCUCCCACGCUAAAAGCGGAUAUCACGAUGAUUCAGAUGAGGACCUCCUGGAAUAGCUCUUCAGAGGAGCUGGGACUGUGUGUGCGUGGAGCCACAGUACCUCCUACACUCCCUGAGGUUCCGACUUGGGGAAAUAAAUUUCCCACCUCGUCGGCCCCAGCUCUGUUUCUGCCACUCCUGUCCAAGCCCAAAGGACCUACACUAAAGAAAGCAGGGUGGGGGUGGGGGGACCCCGACCGACCUCACAGUUGGCUCUAAGGAGAGGGGGGACAUUUUAAAUUCUUUAACAUUUUUGUUUCAAUUUUUGUCUUUUGUAAAAGUGUGGGCUUUAGGCUUCUCUCAGUUUGUUCUGUGCAUUAAGGGAAUGACUUGGGAUACAAAGGGAUUGUUUCACUGACCCCGCUCUCGUGUGUUCCAUCUGGUGCCCACCCCAGGGCAUCUGCCAACUCCAGCAUCAACUCAACUCCCACCGAAUACCUGGUGCCGUCCCUGGGCUCUGCUGGUCACGCGAGGCAGCCUCGGAGAAGGAAGCAGAGGGUGCAAUGACUGGCACACCUGGACAGCUUUUCUCCAUCCGCAGACAGCCCUGUUCAGAGAGCACUGAGCACCAGCCCUGUGCGGCUUCCUCAUCCCCACCUCACCCCCCAACCACGACUGUAGGGCACAAUGACUUUUCUUUUCCCGUUUAAUUAGGCAGUACCCUCAUUAAUUGCCCAUUGGCAACUAACUUAAUCAUGUGCUUCCAACACACUAAAUAGGGAAAGCUUACAGGGCAAUAUUUUUAACUUGUGGCAAGAGGGAGGCAGAGAAUUGACUAGCUCUGACACCUAUUAAAGACAAAACUGGCUGCUUCUGAGCUCUUUCAGGCUAUGCUUUGUGCUGUGCCAGUGGCUCUGCCCAGGCUCCGCCAUCCCUUUCCUGGAGUUCAUUGGUCAGUGCACAGUGCAGCCACAGGACUGACCGUCGUAGGCUUCCAUUUUUCCCAUCACCCACUGUAAAGGCUCAGAGUUGAAUUACCACCGUGGCUGCAUAUUGCUUCCUCCUAAGUUGCUACUGUUCAUAGAACUGGGACUGGGAAUGUUUUCAGGUUGAUGGACUUUUUCAAGCUCAAAGUUACGUUCCCAGACUAUCCUCACCCUUCCUUCCCACAGUUUUGCUGAGUUAUUUGUUGUCCAGAACCUGUUGACUAACCCCACUGAAGGCACAUUUCUAGAUGAUGCCUUGUGUGGUCAAUACAUUGCUUUCACGUUUUAAAUCUAAGGAAAAUUUUUAUCUGAUAUUUUUCCAAAUUAAAUAAGUUAGAGAAUGCAAUCGGCGGAUGUGGGGGCGGCCAUCUGGUAGUGGAAAGCUGUAGCGAUCUGAGUACAGCUUAGAUGUUAGCUGGAGAGGAAGAUGGUGUGGCAGGUCUCUGGUCUCCCUACCCCUGCUGUGCUGAUCACAGUCCCUCCUGGUUACCACUAGGACAUUCUCUAGUAGAUCCAUUUUGCUGUCACUUUAUUCUGUGGCUACAAAGUCAGUGGAAAGUAAAUGUGCCAAACUCACUUGUCAGAGCGCACGAGCAGAUGGCAGAGUCCUCCUCCCCAGCGGGAACAAACAGCAUCAGGGAAAGAGGGGGAGGAAGAGGAGGCCAGAGAGAUGCCGACUGCAGCUCAGUGAGUCAUGGAACGUCAGUUAGAAAACGAAGUUAGGGUCGUUUCUGGGAAGAGAAUCAAUAUCUGUUAGAGCCAGAAUGCUCCAAGUCUUUUAGCUUGUUCAUUUUGUAAUGAUUCUAAAAUAAUUCCAAAGAUAUAGCAGCUCAUAAAUUUAUCAAAAGUUCUGUCCACCCUCACCUCCUGCCAAAGGGGAGAGAUCUAUUUCUACUACACGCUGUCUCUCCCAGUACAUCCCCGGGUUGGUGUGGGUAGAUAGGCCAAUGUAUGGUGAUCUCCCCUAGUGUCUGGAUGGACUUAAUGCUCAUCCUGACCAUCAGAGACUAGGGUGCUCUGCCUCUAGUGGUUUCUGGGAUUUCUGUAGAGCGUGGCAGUUUCUGGCUCAUCUCUCUUGAGCACCGCACUAUUCUUGCCAUAGAGAGAGCCCAGGAGCCAACGUUGAGUCAGCUGCCCGGAGUCUUCAGAGCUCUGAAACUCUUGGCUAUGCAAGACCUCAGGGUCCUUGCAGCAGAGCUUCUCAUGGGUGGCUUGCUGGGGCCGAGGACUCCUCAGAGACGUUUCCUGCAGAGCCAUUAUUUUGACACCUUUUUGUUUUCUUUUUGGAAAACAAAUUAUUAUUCCCCUGCUUCAUGGCUGAAAUAAAAGGUGAUGGUAACUGGGGGCACCCCCUCUCCCUGGGAUAGCCACUGUUGAGGAGCACAGGACCAGCCUCUGGAUCAGUCCUCGCUGCCCCUUCGCUUCUGUCUCUCUAGCUCACUGACUCUGUGGGCUUGGGCUCUGCCCCUACAUCGGCUCUCAGAAGCAUUCACACGCACAGAUGUGCAACCUCAGCCAGCAGUUGAAGCUCUUUAAGCCAUUUUUUUUUUUUUUUUUUACAGAAUUUGUGCUUUGGUUUGCCCUGCGCAGCCUUGGAGCAUCAUAAGCCUGGCUGGUCGGCAUAGUUAUUUUCAGCAUUGUGGUGGCAAAUGAUGUUGGUUCUAGAGACUUAGAGUCUUGGGCAGUAGGAUUUAACACUGCUAGGUAGCUCAGACAUAUCAGAAAAUCCAUAGUGGCCUGAGUUGUAAAUCCAAAACAUAUUUUUGUUGGCUUGGGACCCUAGGGGCUUGGGGUUUUCCUGAGGCAAGAGGUCAUGGCUGAAUGGGCCUGUGCCAUGAAUUGAAUGGAACACUGCUUUGAGGCCCUUGGAGAGUGACAGCAGCUUUAGGGUGGACUCAGGAGCUGUCAGGUUUUUUUUUUUUU